AGUGCGUGCUGUCGUGUGCCCGCGUGCUAGUGGUCAGCGGGUCCGGAAAAUCAUACCCAAUACCACGGGCGCACAACAAAACAGGAGCCUCCGCGCACCAGUCGCGCAAGCGGGUCGCGGCCUCAGGCGUGGGGAACCCGGGCCCCGAAGUCCGGAACCUACAUGCCCGGCGCGCCAGCCUCUGUCAGCGAACGGGCUGGCCAAUUCCUCCAUGGCGGGCCCGGUUCAGAUGUUCGCCCUGGCGCCGCUGAUCUACUUGCCGGGCGGCAUCAGCACCGCCAGCAGUGCGCCCCCCGCCAGGCACGGCGGUGCGGGCGCGCGGCCGCCGCUUAGGCGGGCUCGGUCGCUCCGCCCGCUCGCCGGAGCCGGGGCCGCGGGUGGGCCCUUGGCUGCCAGGCCCUCGGCCGCGUGCCGGCGCCGACAACCUCCCGGCUGUGGCUUACUGCGACUCCGCGACCUGGAAACCAGUGCAGUGCGAUGGUGAUGGUUUUGGGCGGGCCCGCACACGUCCAAAGGCCUCGCCGGCCCCCCGUUUGGCGCCAGGAAAGCCCUGCGCGGCCGCAGCGCUUUGGCCUAUUCUAUACCGCCGCCCUUCGCCGCGCGCCC